UAACUCGUUAUUUUACUUAGUCUAUUGGUAUCUAAGUAAUCUAGUUAUUACAAAUUGCCUGUCAACAAAUACAUAUUUCACAUGGCACUAGCCAAUAUAAGUGGCAUAGUUAUUCAGUCAAGUGAAAGACCUUGUCCUGACUUUGACUCCGGCCUCCGCCUGUCCAUAUCUGCAACGUCGAUCAAUGCAAAUUUCUGAGCUGAUCAAACUGGCCAAGAGAAGUGCCAAGAGCAGCAGCAGCAGCCUACGCAGCGGCAGCAGCUCAAGAAUUAUUAUUAAAUUCGAUAUAAAUAAUAUUCGCAACCGCUGGCCCCCCGCACAUGCCCCUCUGCUGGACAGUCUGCUGAUUAAUAAAAGACGGCUGCCGUGGCAGAAGUUCCGAGAUGGCCUGCGGUGCUUAAAAAUUCUGAUGCAUCUGUCAAGCCGAGCGAAGGUGAAGGUUUCGCACAGGCACAGGCACUGGCAGAGGCACAGACGCAGCAGGACUUGGUCUGGAGAUCUCGAUGGAUCCAUACUUCUGGCGAUCGCGAUCGCGAACCGAACCCACAAACGUUUCGGGGGAACGCUUUGCAUACGUGCGUGUAUGUGACAGUCGCAUAAUAACGCUUCAAUUAAGCCCAAGCGAUUCCCUGACACGAUUUUCCUUUGUGCGCUGGCCAAAAACUCCACUGCCAGAUGCAUAUCAAUAAGAUCUGACGUCAAUUUUGAUAAGCGAACGCAUAUUAUUAUUGUUAUUAUUAGCCAUAUAUACGCCCCCCAUUCCCUCAGUGCCCCUGCCCCUGCCCCUCUCGUAAUAAUCAGAAGGGGUACGAGGGGUACAAGGAGCUGAGGGGCUGAAAAUCCCUUGAAGCAUUUUGUCGGGUAGCUGACCGGAGCGGAGCGACGGAUAUCUGGCCGCAAUCGACAUGUGGCAGCCAGCGAAAGAUGAAAUUCCUGGGAGCAUCCACACACAGCCAAAACUGCAGCACCCCAACUCACGGGCAGGAAUAAAAUAAGAAUUAUGCUUAAAUUAUGCAAGGUCCAACAAUUUACAAAGUGAUCGACCCCCAACCCUUCGAUCUCGAUGGCCCCCGGAUCCUCUUUACAUGGUGAAUGGCAGCAGAGCGGCAAGACCAGGGCUGCGAAACCUUUGAAUGUCGAUGGGAAGCAUGGGAUCGGGAUCCUCGCGAAUCUUGAUUAUAAUCAUGAUCGUUUUGUAGGAUUUGAAAGCACAUCAUUCAUUUAUUAAUCUCUGCUUGUGAAGGCCACGCUUUGCGCACGGUGUACGAUCGAUUUGUGGAAUAGAUAAAACGUUGACGUUUUGAUCGAUAUUUAUGAUUCCUUCGCAUGAAGAGCCAGAUCCACCUAUGUCCUGCAGCUCAACUGCAUGGCAGACAGAAGCUUUAGCAGCGUGGAGCGCAGGAGUGGGAGCAGCAGGAGUGCUGUGUGAUUUAGGAAUUCAUUUGUUAGUUGGAGGCCAAAACAAUUUGUUGCCUGUUGCCAAGCUGCCUUGCUCGCUCGCUCCCUCGCUCCCUCUCUCUUACUCGCAAUCUCCCUGUCUCUUUUUAAGGGCCCCGGAUUUUUUGUGGCGCAUCCUGAUCCGCUGCACUCUCCGAAUACAUUUGUAGUAAUCACGUGUUAUCGCCGCAUUUGGACAUUUUAAAAGGUCAUAACUUAAAACCUUAUCGGACGGACGGCGAGGCGAACGGAAAGAAAGAGAGACUCACAGCGAGUUCGAGUUCGAGUUUUGAGUUCGAGUGCGACAUGCGACAUGCAAUGCAAUCCAACACAACGCAAAAAGGCGAAAAAAAAGAACUCACUCGCCGAGAGACAUCCAAAAGUAGCCGAAAUUGAGCUGAAGGAUAACACGAAAUGCCAGCGGAGACAGCGGCGUUCCAGCACGCAAGCGGCGGUCCACUUGAGCGGGCUGGGGAUCGGGCCAAAUCAAGAGGUGGCCCAAGGGAUGGAGAUGGGGCCACGGCCACCAUUACAUUCCAUUGAGCGCACUCCGAUAAUGAGCCCCCAACAAACACUCGAAAAAUUGCGCUCAGAUAUGUAAAGAAGUUUCAAAUCAAUGGCCCAAUAAUUGACUUUAAGCCCAAGAUCUUUUAUUGUUAAUUUAAUGGUAUCAUUAAUUUCAAAUAUCUU